AUGGCUCAGCUGGGAGGAGCGGAUGAGAUAGAGUCUCUGCGAAUUGAGUUGGCAGAGAUUGGAAGAAGUAUAAGGUCUUCAUUUAGAAGCCGCGGCUCAAGUUUCCGGGGCAGUUCAGCUGUCAAAUCUGAACAUGAUACUGAAAUUGAUAAUGAACAUGAGUUGCAGUGGGCUGCAGUUCAGAGACUUCCCACUUUUGAGAGGAUUACUUCAGCCUUGUUUGAUGAUUAUGUUGGCACAGGUUCAGAUGAAGAUGCUAAAGGGAAACACGUGGUCGAUGUAACCAAACUUGGAGCUCAAGAACGGCAUAUUUUCAUAGAGAAGAUAAUCAAGCACAUUGAAAAUGAUAAUCUUCGGUUAUUGCAAAAACUUAGAAGGAGAACUGACAAAGUUGGUGUAAAAUUGCCCACUGUUGAAGUAAGAUAUGAAAGUCUGUGUGUCGAGGCAGAGUGUGAAGUAGUUCAUGGAAAGCCCCUCCCCACCCUAUGGAACACCUUGAAAGGCAUGAUUUCAGGCCUUGCCAUGCUGUUAGCUUCAAAAGCUCAAGGAGCCAAGAUAAACAUCAUCAAAGAUGUCAGUGGAAUUAUUAAGCCAGGAAGGAUGACUAUAUUGCUUGGCCCUCCUGGGUGUGGCAAGACCACACUAUUGUUGGCUUUGUCUGGGAAGCUAAGCAAUUCUCUAAAGGUUACUGGGCAAAUAUCUUACAACGGUCAUAGACUGGAAGAAUUUAUUCCACAGAAAACGUCAGCAUAUGUAAGCCAAUCUGACCUUCAUAUUCCAGAGAUGACCGUGAGAGAAACACUUGAUUUCUCCGCAUGCUGUCAGGGAGUAGGAAACCGAGAUGAAAUGAUUAUGGAAGUCAGUCGAAGGGAGAAGGAGAGAGGGAUUAUCCCAGAUCCGGAUAUAGAUGCUUACAUGAAGGCAAUAUCAGUUAAGGGAUUGAAGACUACACUUCAAACAGACUACAUCCUAAAGAUCCUUGGUCUCGAUAUGUGUGUUAACACAUUGGUUGGAGAUCCCAUAAGAAGAGGCAUAUCUGGUGGUCAAAAGAAAAGGCUGACUAUAGGUGAGAUCAUCGUGGGUCCCGCAAAAGCUCUAUUCAUGGAUGAAAUAUCAAAUGGCUUAGACAGUUCCACCACUUUCCAGAUUGUUUCUUACCUUCAGAACCUGGUGCAUAUAACUGAUGCCACUGCAUUGAUUUCACUUCUUCAGCCAGCACCAGAGACCUUUGAUCUCUUUGAUGACGUUAUCUUAAUGGCAGAAGGGAAGAUAGUCUAUCAUGGACCACGAAAUUGCAUUCUCAAGUUCUUUGAGGACUGCGGGUUUAAGUGUCCAGACAGAAAAGGUGCUGCUGACUUCCUUCAGGAGGUUAUAUCUAGAAAAGAUCAAGCACAGUAUUGGUGCUACACAGAUCAACCUUACACUUAUGUUUCUGUUGACCACUUCGUAAAAAAAUUUAAGGAUUUCCAUCUUGGCCAGAACUUAGAUGAGGAGCUCUCACUGCCAUUUGAUAGGUCUCACAGCCACAAGGAUGCUCUAUCCUAUAGAUCAUACUCAUUAACUAAGUGGGAACUGCUUAAAGCUUGCACAAGGAGAGAACUUCUUCUAAUGAAAAGGAAUUCUUUUAUUUAUGUAUUCAAAUCAACACAGUUGGUCAUCAUUGCGUCAAUAGCAAUGACCGUUUUCCUUCGAACUCGAAUGGCUGUUGACAUGAUCCAUGCAAAUUAUUAUAUGGGUUCAUUGUUCUAUGCACUCCUCAUUCUUCUUGUGGAUGGAUUUCCAGAACUGUCCAUGACUGUCUCGAGACUAGCAGUUUUCUACAAGCAGAAAGAGCUUUUCUUUUAUCCUGCUUGGGCUUACACAAUCCCUGCUGCCAUCCUGAAAGUUCCUCUGUCAUUUUUGGAAGCUUUUGUGUGGACGGCUCUAACAUACUAUGUCAUUGGUUACAGCCCCGAGGUGGGAAGGUUCUUCCGCCAGUUCCUUCUACUUUUGAUUGUGCAUUUAACAUCAAUAUCCAUGUUCCGAUUUAUUGCCUCACUCUUCCAAACUGUGGUUGCUUCAAUGACAGCGGGUAGUCUAUCCAUAAUAUUUGUUCUAUUAUUUGGUGGCUUUGUUAUCCCCAAGGCCUCUAUGCCAACUUGGUUGGAGUGGGGAUUUUGGUUUUCUCCCUUGUCAUAUGGAGAGAUAGGCUUGACAGUGAAUGAAUUCCUUGCUCCUCGAUGGGAAAAGCUGUCUGCAAACAAAACUCUGGGGCGACAAGCAUUAGAAACUCGUGGAUUAAACUUUGACAGUUACCAUUAUUGGAUAUCAAUUGCUGCCUUAACUGGAUUCACAGUGCUUUUUAACGUUGGUUUUACCUUGUCAUUAGCUUACUUGAAGCCUCCAGGAAAAUCUCGUGCUUUAAUUUCUUAUGAAAGGUACUCUCAACUUCAAGGAAUAAAAGACAGCUACAAUAAUUCGGAUAGAGGCACAAACCCUACCCGUGCUUCUCCUAAAACUACUUCGGAAGCUAGAAAGGGAAGGAUGAUUCUACCUUUUGAGCCCUUAACUGUAACAUUUCAUGAUGUGCAGUAUUAUAUAGAAACCCCUUUGGAAAUGAAAGGGCAGGGUUUUACACACAAGAAGCUCCAGCUCCUUUCAGAUAUUACAGGUGCAUUCAGACCUGGCAUACUAACAGCUUUGAUGGGUGUCAGUGGAGCAGGGAAAACAACACUUAUGGAUGUUCUUUCUGGAAGGAAAACCAGUGGUACCAUUAAAGGAGAGAUUAGAAUUGGUGGGCGCCCAAAAGUUCAAGACACAUUUGCCAGGAUAUCAGGUUACUGUGAGCAAAUGGAUAUACAUUCUCCACAAAUCACAGUAGAAGAAUCAGUGGUAUAUUCUGCUUGGCUGCGGCUCCCAUCUCAGAUUGACUCAAACACUAAAGCUGAAUUUGUAAAUGAAGUCCUUGAGACUAUUGAGCUUGAUGUGAUCAAGGAUUGUUUAGUAGGAAUGCCAGGUGUUAGUGGUUUAUCAACUGAGCAACGUAAACGGCUUACUAUAGCUGUGGAGCUUGUUGCCAAUCCUUCUAUCAUAUUCAUGGACGAACCAACAUCAGGUCUGGAUGCAAGGGCAGCGGCAAUUGUUAUGAGAGCAGUGAAGAACAUUGUUGAGACAGGAAGAACAGUUGUGUGCACUAUCCAUCAACCAAGUAUUGAUAUCUUUGAGGCAUUUGAUGAGUUGAUUCUAAUGAAAAAUGGAGGCCGCAUCAUAUAUUCUGGUCCACUGGAGCAGCACUCAAGUAGGGUUAUUGAGUACUUUGAGAGUAUCCCUGGAGUUCCAGCUAUUAAAGACAAUCAUAAUCCUGCGACGUGGAUGUUAGAAGUUACUUCAAAAUCUGCUGAAACUCAACUUGGAGUAGAUUUUGCACAAAUUUAUCAGGGGUCCACCUUGUAUGAGCAAAACAAAGAGUUGGUUAAGCGAUUGAGUUCACCAUCUCCAGGUUCAAGGGAAUUGCAUUUUCCUACCCGCUUUCCACAAGGUGGUUGGGAGCAGUUCAAAGCAUGCUUAUGGAAACAGCAUUUGUCCUAUUGGCGAAGUCCUUCAUACAAUUUGAUGCGUAUCAUUUUUAUGUGUGUCUCAUCUUUGGUGUUUGGAGUACUGUUCUGGAAGCAAGGAGAGAAAAUAAAAAACCAGCAAGACCUCUUCAACGUGCUUGGUUCAAUGUUUACUGCCAUUCUCUUCUUUGGCAUAAACAAUUGCUCAACAGUUCUACCCCUUGUUGCAACGGAGCGGACCGUUUUGUGCCGAGAAAGAUUUGCAGGAAUGUACUCUUCAUGGGCGUAUUCAUUGGCACAGGUGCUAGUGGAGGUUCCCUACCAGUUAAUCCAAGCAGUUCUCUAUGUGAUCAUCACCUAUCCUAUGAUUGGUUACUACCGGUCAGCCUAUAAGAUAUUCUGGCAAUUCUACAGCAUGUUCUGUACACUGCUAUCCUUCAAUUACCUAGGAAUGCUUCUGGUUUCUUUAACGCCAAAUAUUCAGGUGGCUUCAAUUGUGGCUUCAUCUUCCUACACAAUGCUGAAUUUGUUCUCUGGGUUCAUUAUUCCAAGACCUCAUAUCCCAAAGUGGUGGCUUUGGUUGUAUUACUUAUGUCCCACAUCUUGGGCACUGAAUGGUAUGCUUACUUCCCAAUAUGGAGAAAUACACAAAGAAAUAUCUGUGUUUGGAGAAACAAAAACAGUUGCCACCUUCCUAGAGGAUUACUAUGGGUUUCACCACAAUCGAUUAAGUGUUGUUGCUGUUGUUCUUAUUGUCUUCCCCAUAGUCUUUGCUUGUCUUUUUUCGUACUUUAUUGGCAAACUGAAUUUCCAAAGGAGGUGAAUGUUGUAAAAAUGUAUCUACACAUUUGGAUGUUAUGGUUAUUAUCAUGAACUAUUGGCUGUAAACAUAAUUUUCACAUAUAUAAUUUCUUUGAAGAAUAUCAAGUUGAAAUGGCCAUGUCUUCAGUAAUGCUUCUUGUGAGCUUUCUGAUUGGA